AUGAGGUCUAUGGGUUUUAUUUUCUGGGCUGUGGUGUUUGCUGCUGUUCUUCUGGUCUCUUCGGCUGUGGCGGUUGACACAUCCCAAGAUGAGAAAAAGAAUGAAGCAAAGCAGACAAACCAAGUAGCCGAUGCUACAGCCCACAUGGAAACUGAAGCCACGCCCCAAAAAGAAGAAGCUGCGGCGCGCAUGGAAACUGAAGCCACACCCGAAAAAGUAAAUGAUGCAAAGGAAACCAUCCAUUACGGAGGUGGAGGCAGAGGUGGAGGCGGAGGUGGAGGCCACUGCCAAUAUGGUUGCUGUGGAAGUGGUGGUCCCUAUGGGUGCAGAAGAUGCUGCACUGCUG